AUGGCCCCCACAUUGGCGAUUACAACAAACACCGAACCCUCCAAAGUCACUGACUUUGUCUUAAACAAAGGUUUUGGAGUAAAAGGUCUUUCAGAAUCUGGCCUCAGAAGCCUGCCCAAGGAAUAUAUCCAGCCCAUUGAGGAGAGAAUUAUCACUGUGAACGAAGUGGUACACGGAGAGUCCAUUCCCAUCAUUGACAUGUCAAAAUGGGAUGAUCCGAAAAUGGCAGAUUCGAUCUGCAACGCCGCAGAGAAAUGGGGUUUCUUCCAAAUAGUGAAUCAUGGGGUUCCCAUUGAAGUGCUGGAGAGUGUUCAGGAAGCUACUUGUCGCUUCUUUGGGUUGCCAGCUGAGGAAAAGAACACGCAUUCUAAGGAGAAUUCGGGUUCGAACAAUGUUCGAUACGGAACGAGCUUCACUCCUGAGGCGGAGAAAGCUUUGGAAUGGAAGGAUUAUCUUAGUCUCUUUUAUGUUUCGGACGAUGAGGCCUCUGCACUUUGGCCAGCUGCAUGCAGGGAUGAAGUGCUUGAGUACAUGAAGAAGACUGAAACAGUCAUAAAAAGACUGUUGCGAGUGCUGGUUAAAAGGCUGAAUGUAACUGAAAUAGACACAGAGAAAGAAAAUCUUUUAAUGGGAUCCAAGCGGAUUAAUCUUAACUACUAUCCGAUUUGCCCAAAUCCUGAACUGACAGUAGGAGUUGGCCGUCAUUCUGAUGUGUCAACUCUUACUAUCCUCCUUCAGGAUGAGAUUGGUGGUCUUUAUGUUAGAGUCGAAGAAAGUGACAAUUGGAUCCACGUCCGCCCUAUAAAAGGGUCCUUAGUUAUUAACAUUGGAGAUGCUCUACAAAUUAUGAGCAAUGGACGAUAUAAAAGUGUAGAGCACAGAGUCGCAGCUAAUGGAAAAAGUGACAGAAUUUCGGUCCCUAUAUUUGUCAAUCCAAGGCCAUCAGAUAUGAUCUCUCCUUUCCCAGAAGUGUUUGCUACUGCCCAAGGAACAGCCAUAUAUAAGCAAGUUUUGUACUCAGAUUAUGUCAAGCACUUUUUCAGGAAAGCUCAUGAUGGGAAACGCACAGUUGACUUUGCAAAAAUAUGA